UGCAGUCUUCCUGUCAGUAUCACACUUUGUACAUGUGACUCAAACUAAACCAUUGAUCUGUGUGAUAGGCUUUACAAGGAGCAUGUGUCUGUGUUAACGGAUCAAGACGCUUGCUGUAGCGCAUCACACAGUGGCAAACUUGUGGCUUGUGGCUUCCCAUGAUUGAUUCUUUAUCACAGCACUGUUGUCGUGUUUGCUUUCCUCCUAGACAGACGGCACGCUUCAUGAAGUGAGGAAAUCAAUGGAGACAGAAUGCUUACCUGUUGUGGAGCUGUCGACACGCGGAGGCUGCAAGUUUGAGUCAGCGAUCCACCGUCCUGCGCGUGAACCGCGAGAGCGGCGCAAAGCUCAUGAGGUGAUUGAAGGCAAAACACCACCAGUUCUUGUAAAAGCAAUGGUCCGGAUUGAGUUCAUGGAACAGAGAAUGACAUUCGAGAGCUUCAAGGAGAGUUUUGAGAGAAACAAAGCUGGCUUCAGUGAAACGUAACUGAGCAGUGAAAGAGUGACCUGUGAGCGCUCUCAUUCUCCUCUGGGGAGGUUUUGUGGCAGUGGCUUGUUCUGGGGCGAGAGGGUCUGUGUCUGCCGGCCCCAGUAGAGAGAUGUAUUUUUCAUAAACCCCAGACAAGGCCCCCUAUAGCUGUGAAUCCAUUAUUCAGACCGGUCUGAGAGAGAGGGGACUGACAAAAUCACGACAGCCCGGUCCAAAUCACACCAUAAUCACUGCACUCGAGAAGAUUGACGUUCCCAUUUCAAAGACGGUUGAUGGUGAUUUUAUGCACAGCAGAGGACACAACUGACCCCAGGACACAAAUUAAUGACAUGAGACGAGAUGAAAGAAUAUGAAUCUUUCUGAAACAGGAAAUCCUUGUGGCGACUGAUCCUUGUCUCAAGUACGAUCUCUGAAAACUACUCAUCAUGAGCCUCUCAGGUUUUGUAUUGUUUCGUGAACAUAUUGCUCAAGUGGUGUCACAUGUCACUGCUGACAUGGGAACAUGUUCCUGAGAUCAUUAAGAUGCUGGGAAUAUAAAGAGAAUAGUGUGGGACUUGACCACAACAUCUCAGACGCCUCCAUCAUAUGGGCAGAAGGACGCAAAAAUGUUUGCAGUAACAGUUUGUAUCCUGGGGUUGCUCCAUAUGAUCGAUGCCUGCAGCUUGGUGAGCGUCUGUACGGACAUGCCUUCUGUCCAGCAGGAGAUAGUGGAUGUGCACAACACCUACCGAAGGGCUGUGGAGCCGACUGCCAGCAACAUGCUCAAAAUGAGUUGGAGCGAUGCUGUGGCACAGUCAGCUCAAGGCUGGAUUGAUCAGUGUAACAUGACACAUGGACCACCGAGCAGCCGCAUGAUUGACGGAUAUGAAAUGGGUGAAAAUCUCUUCAAGGCCUCUGCGGUUUAUUCAUGGACUGAUGUGAUAAAUGCCUGGCACAGUGAAGUCAACAAUUAUGAAUAUCCCACCGGAUCCAGCAACGGUCAGCCGAUUGGACAUUACACACAGGUGGUGUGGUACAGCUCGUAUGAGGUCGGCUGUGCCGUGGCUCAGUGUGGAAGCUCCUACUUCUACGGAUGCCAUUACUACCGCGCAGGGAAUUUCAGAGAAGUCCCGCCGUACUCGCAGGGCGAUCCGUGUGCCGCCUGUCCGGACGACUGUGAAGACAGUCUGUGCACUAAUCCCUGUCCGUACAUUAACACAUUCCGCAACUGCGAUGAACUGAAAGAAAUGGCCACUUGUGACCACACCGUCGUGAGCCAGUGGUGUCCAGCCAGUUGUCUGUGUGAAGAAAAAAUCAUCCCCAUUGCGAGGAAAUGA